CCUACAUCACUCCUUGCAGCCCAGAGCGCACCAGCAACCCUCCGAGUCCCGAUCCCGACUCCCCCCCAGACUGUCCGAUUAACACUCUAUAUCCGGGGCAUCUCCGUCCCAGCCAAUUGCUUCCCAUCGCACUAGAUUCGCUUUCCUGGCACAAACGCCACACUUUACGGGAGAGCCGCGCUGGCUCAGUUACAUUCUAGUCCCGCCACUAGGGGUCGCUGUAGGACCGCACAGCUUUCAUGAAAAUGAAAAUGAAAGCUGAGCGCAGCGGGUUCCUGGGAGUCUGUGUGUUAUUGGGGCCUGCUAGUGCCCGGCACUUUGUGGGGGCUGGUGUGGGGGUAAUUACUCUUUGGCAGACGCUGCAUUAGGGCUGUUUCCGUUUAUGGGGUGCUCCUGUUUGGAGGUUUGUGUAUAGUACAUAGUGUGUGUGGCUGUAGAGUGUGUAUAUUGUGAGUUUUCUCCUGUGCUUCUUAUUCAUUGUGUUGUGUUAGUGUUGUACUGUGUAUCCCCAGCACUGUCUGUUUCCCUAUUGUGUGUGUGAUAAGUAUUGUGCCCUGGGGUGUGUGUGUGUGUGUGUAUGACUUUUAUUGUUGUGUUAGGGGCUGUGGGUGUGAGAUUCUGCGACACCGAGGGACCAUGUUGGGCAUGAAGAGAGGCAAAUACCUGCUGCUAAUGCUGAUCCUUCUUCUGCACAGCUUGGCGGUACAGUGCCAAGGCAAGCCGGUGGUACAGCGCGCGGUGGAUAUCGUGCUGCCCUGUGAAUACGUCCUUAUGAAAGAGGGCGGGCGAGGCAGUCUGGGGGGGCUGACGUUCUCCCGGGAGCGCGUUACUCUGGUGCUGCGCAAUAUAUCGGUGACCGGGGAAGGAGAAGAGCUGGACCCAAUCACAGAGUAUGAAGCCCCCAAAGAUAAAGAGAACACCACCUACCAAGCCACAGUGCGUGUGGGUCCCCUGCCAUUUGCAGAGCGCUUGCUGCACGCGGAAUGCGAGGGGGAGGAAGUCGGAUGCGAGAUUUCCCCCAUUUAUGGCGAGUUCUACGUGGCGCACGUCUACUUGCCGGAGCUCAGCGUUUCCAUGAUGUGUCAAGCAGAGGUUUCUAUGGAAGAACAGGACGUCCUGAAGGAGCAGGGGGAGAAGACGGUUACCCCAAUGACGGUGGAUUACAUUGUAUCCUCCUCUCCCCCCUCGCACCAUUCUCAUAUCUCUGGGGACGUCAGCCUGAAUUGUGAGGUGUGGGGGGACCUGGACAGAAUGGAGGUGGAGUGGUACUUCCAGAGCGAAGGCAGGGGCCGGAGGGUAUUUCCCAGUGAGGAGCCGCGGGUCAGCGUGGGGCAGGAGGGGCAGAAGAGCAAAGGAGACGUGUCGCUGGUGCUGAGAGGGGUGCUCGUAUCGGACGAGGGCACCUACAUCUGUACCGUGAGUGCCGAGCAGCAUAAAAUACAGCAGAUAUUAAAGCUGGGAAUCAGAGAGCCCCCCAGGGUCAGCAUUAGCCAGAGAGGAGGCCGAGAGACCAGACUGACAUGCCGCACAGACCGAUACUACCCCCUGGAUGUGGAAUUCGAUUGGCUCCUGAAUGGGUCCCCAGUGCCUGACCCUGACAUUGAGACUUCCAGUCAUCGCAAGAACAGCGACGGCACCUACAACCUGAGCAGCACCCUGACUGUGCCUCUACCUGCCGCCGGCUCCGACCCUCAUACCUACACCUGCUCUGUGUCACAUGUGUCCCUCGCUGAGCCAAUCCUAGCACACGUCAGCAUUGCUCUCCCAGAUGCAGAGAGUUACACUCCCUCGGGCUACAGACUGAUCGUCUCAUCUACCAUCAUAUCCGCCAUCAUCUUCAUCGUGGCACUCGCUAAAUCCAUCUGGGCCAAACAGAAGCAAGGGGCAGAGAAGAAGAAAGAGUGAGACCAACUGAGAAGGGUCAUUUUAGCACUAUUGAUGCCCCCUGGCACAGUGGCUGCCUAUUGGGCAGGAGGCUUUGCACUAUGUACAGAUGGACCAAUGAUUUAUUUUUACGCUGGAUUCCUGUUAGUUCUGUUAGUUGUUUUACUUACCCUUUGCUAAUUUAAGUCUCUUUAGUGUUUUCUCUUUGAGUUGAAUUCUGCUGACCAAGAGCCUUCUGUGCCUACACAACUCCAUCCCUGAGGAGAAACCGUGUGUUGGGGCCCAGAUUGUUCCCAAGCCAACUGUUAGGGGAGGAGCCUCCGAAGCAGGUGAUUCUGGGGAACGAACCAAAGAAAGCAAAUUUAAUAUGGUCUUUAGUCAUGAAAAAAUGAACUUGGUGUCAGUGGUGGCCAAUUCAACCUGAUCUCUGUAAGAGCCAUUUCAACAUGGCCUCAGCCAGUGAGGGCGGGUCCAACAUGGCUUUAGUGAAGGCAGAUCCAACAUGGCUGCUGUGAUGGAUAAUUUAAAAAGGCUUUCAGCAAUGACAAAUUUAACAUGAAGGCAAAUUCAGCAUGGUCUUUAUAAAAGUGAAUUUAAGAUUGCUUCCAUAAGACCCAAUUCAAAAUGGCUGCCAUAAGACCCAAUUCAACAUAGCUUCCAUAAGACCCAAUUCAACAUAGCUUCCAUAAGACCCAAUUCAACAUGGCUACCAUAAAAUGAAAACUCAACAUGGCUGCCAUAAAAUGAAAACUCAACAUGGCUGCCAUAAGGCCCAAUUCAACAUAGCUUCCAUAAGACCCAAUUCAACAUAGCUUCCAUAAGACCCAAUUCAACAUGGCUACCAUAAAAUGAAAACUCAACAUGGCUACCAUAAAAUGAAAACUCAACAUGGCUGCCAUAAGGCCCAAUUCAACAUAGCUUCCAUAAGACCCAAUUCAACAUGGCUACCAUAAGAGGAAAUGCAACAUGGCUUCCAUAAAACUCAAUUCAACAUGGCUGCUUUAAGAGGAAACUCAACAUGGCAUAAGACCCAUAUUCAACAUGGCUGCCAUAAGGUACAAUUCAACAUGGCUGCCAUAAGAGGAAACACAACAUGGCUUCCAUAAGACCCAAUUAAAUGUGGCUGCUAUAAGAGGAAACUCAACAUGGCUUCCAUAAGACCCAAUUCAACAUGGCUGCUACAAGAGGAAACUCAACAUGGCUGCCAUAAAACCCAAUUCAACAUGGCUGCCAUAAAACCCAAUUCAACAUGGCUGCCAUAAGAGGAAACUCAACAUGGCUUCCAUAAGAACCAAUUCAACAUGGCUACCAUAAGAAGAAACUCAGUGUGGCUGCCAUGCAGAAACAAAGUGUACCAGAUGUCACUCCAAUAAAGCAAAUGUGCUGUAA